UGUGACUGUUGUGUUGUGCUUUUUUCUUGCCCGUUCGUGCAGGGUUCGGAAUGGAACGCCUCCAAUUUGGAAGAUUUGCAAACCAGAGGGGUGCGGUAUAUUCUGAACGUCACUCGAGAGAUCGAUAAUUUCUUCCCGGGAGUUUUCGAAUACCACAAUAUCCGCGUUUACGACGAAGAGGCGACGGAUCUGCUGGCUUACUGGAACGACACCUACAAAUUCAUCUCCAAAGCAAAGAAGAACGGCUCCAAGUGCCUGGUCCACUGCAAGAUGGGAGUCAGCCGGUCGGCCUCCACCGUCAUCGCCUACGCCAUGAAGGAGUACGGUUGGAACCUCGACCGGGCCUACGACUACGUGAAGGAGCGCCGCAGCGUCACCAAGCCCAACCCCAGCUUCAUGCGCCAGCUGGAGGAAUACCAGGGCAUCCUCCUGGCCAGGUGAGUCCAGGGCGGCGGCUGAACCAUG